AGUUGCACUGGGGCUGGGAUGUCCCUCUGUUCCCAGGUCAGUGCCCUGCCAGCAGCAGAAAGUUAAGCACCCAACUAAAACCGAUUGGAAGCCGAAAGAAACUGGAUUAAGGGGAGGAGCUGUGGGAGGGCGAAAGGACGGGAGUGGUGGGCCGGUUUAAGCCCCAACUCACGCAGCGAUCUCCAGGGAAAAUCGUCCCCAACUGGGAGAACCCCUCUCCUUAGUGGACACUACAGCCAGCUCUGUCCUCUUCCCUCCUUUCCGCGAUUGGGGCGACAGGAAAACUUCAUCUCCGCUAACUUGCAGCAGGGGAGCCGGUGGGCGCGGAGUAGCUGCGACCGAGAAAGAAGUGACUGGGGCGCUAAGACGGGCGCUGAGCCGCGCGCUUCAGAGAUGGCCCCUUGGCUGGGUAGGAGACGGCGGCGGCGACUGCCGCUUCUGCUUCUCCACCUCCGGGGCGGCCGCUUCCACCUUCUCUCGGGCCUCCUCCUGCUGCUAUUGCCGCCCCUGCCACAUCUCUGCGGCGCUUUCAACCUGGAUGUGGAUAGUCCGGCCGAGUAUUCCGGUCCAGAGGGAAGUUACUUCGGCUUUGCGGUGGAUUUCUUCGCUCCAGACCCUUCCUCGAUGUUCCUUCUUGUUGGAGCUCCUAAAGCAAACACUACUCAACCAGGCAUUGUAGAAGGAGGACAAGUGCUCAAGUGCAGCUGGUCUUCUAAUCGAAUGUGCAAGCCAGUGGAAUUUGACUCAACAGGCAAUAGAGAUUAUGCCACGAAUGAUCCAUUGGAAUUUAAGUCUCACCAGUGGUUUGGGGCGUCUGUGAGAUCUAAACAGGAUAAAAUUUUGGCCUGUGCUCCAUUAUAUCAUUGGAGGACUGAACUGAAACAAGAGAGAGAACCUGUUGGAACAUGCUUUCUACAAGAUGGAACAAAGACUGUUGAGUAUGCUCCUUGUCGAUCAAAAAAUAUUGAUGCUGAUGGACAGGGAUUUUGUCAAGGAGGCUUCAGCAUUGAUUUUACAAAAGCAGACAGAGUACUUCUGGGAGGUCCUGGCAGUUUUUAUUGGCAAGGUCAACUCAUUUCUGAUCAAGUGGCAGAAAUUGUGUCUAAAUAUGACCCCCAUGUAUAUAGCAUCAAAUAUAAUAACCAGUUAGCAACUCGGACAGCUCAGGCUGUUUUUGAUGACAGCUACCUAGGCUACUCUGUGGCUGUUGGGGACUUCAAUGAUGAUGGCAUAGAAGACUUUGUUUCUGGAGUCCCAAGAGCUGCAAGGACAUUGGGAAUGGUUUAUAUUUAUGAUGGAAAAAAUAUGUCUUCUUUGUAUAAUUUUACUGGAGAACAGAUGGCUGCAUAUUUUGGAUUUUCUGUAGCUGCCACUGACAUUAAUGGGGAUGAUUAUGCAGAUGUGUUUAUUGGAGCCCCUCUCUUCAUGGAUCGUGGAUCUGAUGGCAAACUUCAGGAAGUGGGUCAAGUCUCCAUGUGCCUGCAGCAAGCUUCAGGAGGAUUUCAGAUCAUUAAGCUGAAUGGAUUUGAGAUAUUUGCCAGAUUUGGCAGUGCUAUUGCCCCUCUGGGAGAUCUUGACCAGGAUGGCUUCAAUGAUGUUGCAAUUGCUGCCCCUUAUGGGGGAGAAGACAAACGAGGAAUUGUUUAUAUCUACAAUGGAAGAGCCACAGGCUUAAAUUCAGCACCAUCUCAAAUCCUUGAAGGACAGUGGGCUGCUCGGGCCAUGCCACCAAGCUUUGGGUACUCAUUGAAAGGAGCCACAGAUAUAGAUCAAAAUGGAUACCCAGAUUUAAUUGUAGGUGCUUUUGGUGUGGACCGAGCUGUUUUAUAUAGAGCCAGACCAGUUAUCACUGUAAAUGCAGGCCUAGAAGUUUACCCCACUAUUCUAAAUCAAGAUAAUAAGACCUGUCCACUCCCUGGCACAGAUGUCAAAGUUUCCUGUUUUAAUGUGAGAUUCUGCUUAAAGGCUGAUGGCAAAGGAAGGCUUCCGGAGAAGCUGAAUUUCCAGGUUGAACUUCUUUUAGAUAAACUGAAGCAAAAAGGAGCCAUUAGGAGAGCCCUAUUUCUCCAUAACAAAUCACCUGGACACUCAAAGAACAUGAGUAUUUCAAAAGGUGGUCAAAUGCAGUGUGAGGAGCUUACAGCAUAUCUACGGGAUGAAUCUGAAUUUAGAGACAAGCUUACUCCAAUUACUAUUUUUAUGGAAUACCGAUUAGAUUACAAGACUGCAGCUGAUAUGACUGGAUUGCAACCCAUUCUUAAUCAGUUCACUCCUGCCAAUAUUAGUCGACAGGCUCACAUUUUAUUGGACUGUGGUGAAGACAAUGUCUGUAAACCCAAACUGGAAGUUUCUGUACAUAGUGAUCAAAAGAAGAUCUAUAUUGGUGAUGACAACCCUCUGACACUGAUUGUUAAUGCCCAGAAUUUAGGGGAAGGAGCCUAUGAGGCUGAGCUUAUUGUGUCCAUUCCUCCCCAGGCAGAUUUCAUAGGUGGUGUCCGUAACAGUGAGACUUUAUCAAGGCUGUCCUGUGCAUUUAAGACAGAGAAUCAAACACGGCAAGUAGUAUGUGACCUUGGAAAUCCCAUGAAAGCUGGAACUAAACUUUUAGCUGGUCUUCGUUUUAGUGUGCAUCAACAGUCAGAGAUAGAUACUUCUGUGAAAUUUGAUUUACAAAUCCAGAGCUCUAAUCUGUAUGAUAAAAUGAGUCCAGUGAUAUCUUACCAAGUUGACCUUGCCAUUUCUGCUGCUGUUGAGAUAAGAGGAGUCUCAAGCCCUGAUCAUGUCUUUCUUCCUAUUCCAAACUGGGAGCAUAAGGAGAAUCCACAGACUGAAGAGGAUGUUGGGCCUGCUGUGCAACACAUCUAUGAGCUGAGAAACAAUGGUCCAAGUUCAUUCAGCAAGGCAAUACUAAAUCUUCAUUGGCCUUACAAGUAUAACAACAAUACUUUGCUAUAUAUCCUUCACUAUGAAGUUGAUGGACCAAUGAACUGUACUUCAGAUAUGGAGAUUAAUCCAUUAAAAAUUAAGAUUUCAGCUCCUCAGAUAGAUGACAAAAAUGAAACAAAUUUAGGACAAGGUGACCGCAGUCAUCACAUCAGUAGACGGGAUAUACCACACAAUGAAGCAGAUGUACACACUUUGGGAUGUGGAACUGCUGAAUGUUUGAAGAUUGUCUGCCAUGUUGGUCGCCUUGAUAGGGGAAAGAGUGUGAUACUGUAUGUAAAGUCUCUGUUGUGGACUGAGACAUUUAUGAAUAAAGAAAAUCAGAAUCAUUCAUACUCCCUGAAGUCAUCAGCUUCAUUCAAUGUCAUCGAAUUCCCCUAUAAGAAUCUCCCAAUUGAUGACAUCCACAACUCUACAUUAGUUACCACUAAUAUUACCUGGGGUAUUCAACCAUCACCCAUGCCAGUGCCUUUAUGGGUGAUCAUUUUAGCAGUUCUAGCUGGAUUAUUAUUAUUGGCUGUUCUAGUCUUUGUAAUGUACAGGAUGGGUUUUUUUAAACGGGUCAGGCCUCCUCAAGAAGAACAGGAAAGAGAACAGCUUCAGCCUCAUGAAAAUGGUGAAGGGACUUCAGAUGCUUAACAGCUUUUAAUUUAUGCAACUAAACUUUAGAAUUGCCAAAUUCAUUAUGGAUUUCAAUUUCUCUCAAGAGGAAUAAACACUCCAUGACUGCACUGCUGAUCACACCCUUUGGCAUAGAUGAAUAACCCAACAACAAAAUGAGACAAUAUGUGUGAACCAUCUCUUGUAUUAACCACGUUUCUAAUCCAACUAAUAAUGUACAUGCUGAUAUGUGGGGAAAUCAUAAAUAUCAUUUAGUGAUUUUGAUAAUCAUAUUUCAAGAGACUAUUCCUUGUUUGAUGCACAUCAGACUGAUAUUUCUUGAAUUGCACAUGGUUUUAAUGAAAAUCUUAAAACCAGCAGCUUUUGUAGUUACUGUUUCUUACAAUGGUUUUAUUUUUUGUUUUUUUCUUUAAGACAAGAAUUUAUUUGGGCCUUUGCAUCCAAUUCUUCUGUACAGAUUCAUACUGUUAAUUAGUAUUACACUACAGGUGAUUUUCAAGCUACUAAUGGAUGCAUACAACUUAGUGGACUUUGGCUUACAAGAUUAUUUGAAUUCAUUUUACUACUUUUUGUGACUCUAUAUGACUCCAUCAGUCAUGUUUCUAAAGACUAUAAAUGGCCUAGUUAUAAACAUAAUGGUCAGAAUCACUAAAAAUGUCUGAGCCUUCUGUUUUUAAUUACAUUUUAAUUUUUUAAAAAAGUUUUUGUCUGAAGGACAAGCACUUUAGUCAAUCUGUAGUCAUGCAAAACAUUACAUGUUUAACUGUAAAUGUUUUAAAAUAGUAAUUGAAUUUUAAUAACUACAUUAAAAUCAUUUUCCUGAAAACUAUAAAGUAACAUCAUUCCAAAAUUAAUUUUAUUCCCAUUUUUAUAAUUAAAUAAAUUAGAUGUGCUCCUGAGCAAGUAAUUUGGGUACUUCAUUUUAACCAACUUUUAGGAAGUAAUAACAGGCUAUUACAAGUGAAAAUAAUAUGAAUGAAAAGAUAUUCAUUGUUGAUGUAGCUGCUUAUUGUUAUUAUUAUUCACUGUGUUCAGUCAAUUUUGUAAUUUGAGAUUGUUUUUCUUAAAUUACAUUUUCAUUUAUAUUUUGAAACUAACUUACAGAAAAAAAAAAAACCCUCCAGAUAAAUGGAAAUGAGUUUACUUUGUUUGAAUUUGCUCUUCCCUCCUUAGCAGAAAUGUUUAUUUGUAAAACAGAAUCAACCCCACACUCCACCCGAGCUCACCAGUGAGUUUAUUUUUGGAGUAAGACAUUAUUAAUACAAAAUGUUUUCCUAGAGUCAAGAUUAGUUAUAAAACAACCUUCAGUUUUUCCUAAUCUGUAAUAGUUUAUGAAAGCAAUUUUUUAAAAUCCUCAUACAAAAACAAAAGUAAGGCUAAUUUCCCAGGCAUUUUAAUGAUAGUUAUGUAUGCAGGAAACUUUUUUUUUUCUCCAAUCCCUAAGGUGGUGACUCUUCAAGAGUGAGAUUUUGAUGUUCACCAUGUUUUAGGGUCUGAACAUGAUAUUUAUCAUCAGCUGAUUCUGACUUUGCUAUUGCCCUAUAUAAGGACAUUAUGAUGACACAAUUAGGAUUAAGAAAAUUGAACACCAUUUGUAAAGUUUGGUCUUCAUUAUGCAGUGUUAAAUAUUUCUCUUUUUUAAAUCAAGUAUCAUUUCCCCCUUUUAAGUGUUAUAGGAAGCCUCAAAAGUAUUUCCUUUUUUUUGUUGAAUAAUUCUUUGUACAUGAAAUAAUGUUGGGCUAUAUUCACAAAAUAGAAAUACAUAUAGGUGAGGUUAUACAAAUUAUUUGCUUAGUGAAGUUCUUUAUGUAAUUUUAAUAAGCAUAUUAUUUGGCAAAAGAAUUUAAAAUCAAAUGUAUUUUUGGAGCAGUGCUUUUUGCCAACAAUUUUAAAAGGGAUCUUACAUGUACAGUAAAUAUUUUAUAUUGUGAAUGAACUUGAUAUUUUGUAGAGAAAUUAUUUGUGAUAAAUAUCCUAAGGCCUUGUCACUAUGUAGCUACCUUGAAUUUUACUGAUACCCCUCAAACAGUCACUUUAGCCAUUUUCAUAAUUGAUACUAUUUACUGCUACUGAAUCUUUUAUGUGGCAAUAUACACUCAUCAUUUAAAGUCACAGAAAUUUUAAAAUUAAACAUGUUGCAAUCUGUUCUCUUCUUGGCCUGUACUUAUAAUUUAAGCAUAUUGUAAUAUUAUAGAAGCAAAGAUUGAGUGAUCCAUUAACACUGGAGAUAGUAGUAAAAAAAAAAAAAAAAAAAGAAAUAUAUCCAGAACUAUAAAUGUGACUCAUGAAAAAGGUGAAGAAAUGCCAAAUCUAAUUUUUUUAAAUGUAUAACUUAUAGAUUUCUCUUUCUGAAGCAAAUGUUGAAAAAGAAUGAAAAUAUUGGUUUUUAUUCCAAAGUAUGAUGUGAAUGUAUAUAGUUUUCCCUGUAACAAUCCACUCUAUGUAUAUCUGUAUUGCCAAAAAAAUUGCUACUUUGUUAAUGAGUAAUUUACAAUUUUAGAUAUACGCCUUAUAAUUUGAUUCUUAGAGAUAGCAUAAAAAUGAGUUUAAAAAUCUUAAUUGGCAAUAAAGGUACAGUUAGUAUGACCUAAAAGUUUAAGUAUAAAUAUUUGCUUAAAAUUUGUUUUUUAUAAGAAACUUUUACUGAUAGUGCUACUAGUGUUACCCCUUCCUUUCCUUUUUCCUUUAUUUUUUUUUAAAGUUGUUAAGGGUUUAAUUUUGGUGAUGUUCUAGGGACAUUUAAAACAUAAAAACAAAAACCUUAAUAGCCAUUUUAAAAAAAGAAUCAGUUUUUCCUCAAUUUUGAAAUUAAUGUAAUCAUGCUGAUUAAGGUAAUAUUUACUUUCAGAGAAAAUGUGUGAUCAGAAAGUUAGACUUCCAGAAUUGAGAAAAUUCUGAAAUAUAUUUUUAAAAAUUAUCCAACUAAUUAAAAAUAAGUUUGAUGGCAGUGAUAA